AUGGUAAACACGUUAAAUCCCAGUUUUGUUACCGGCAGUUCCUGGAAACCAGAUCUAUUUAAAGGCAAAGUGGCUUUUAUCACAGGUGGCGCAGGUACGAUCUGCAGGGUACAGGCAGAGGCGUUGAUAUUGCUGGGUUGCAAAGUUGCUAUAGUCGGUAGAGAUGCUCAAAAGACAGCAGAGGUUUGCGAUGAGCUCAAUCAAUUAGAUCCAGAAAAGGGUGCAGCAGGUUCAAAGGCGUUAUCACUAUGUAAUAUAGAUGUACGGAAUUAUGAUCAGAUGGUAAGUGCAGUUAAACAGACGGUCAGCGUAUAUGGCAGGAUUGAUUUUGUCAUAUGUGGAGCUGCCGGAAAUUUCAUUUGCGAUUUGACGAAUUUAUCGGCAAACGCAUUCAAAACAGUAAUUGAUAUUGACUUAAUUGGCAGUUAUAACACAAUAAAAGCCACAUUCGAUGAAUUAUAUAAAUCACGGGGGUCAAUUAUAUUCGUAUCGGCUACAUUCCAUUAUUAUGGCGUUCCAUUUCAGUCACAUGUUGGUGCAGCAAAGGCAGGUAUCGAUGCGUUAUCACAGGCAAUUGCCGUUGAAUGGGGUCCGUUAGGAAUUAGAUCUAAUUGUAUUGCCCCAGGGGCAAUUUCUGGUACAGAAGGUUUUAAAAGACUGACUUUGAAAGAACAUCGUGAGAAUCUUGAAAACAAUAAAUCUAAUGGAGGUAAAGCCACCAAUCCCCUGGUAGGGAAAAUUCCGUUAGGUAGAUUAGGUACUACAAAAGACAUUGCAGAAGCUACUGUAUUUUUAUUUUCACCAUCAGCUUCGUAUAUUACGGGAACUGUGACAGUCGUAGACGGCGGUAUGUGGCACCUAGGAACGAUCUUUGGUGACAAAAUGUACCCUGAUAUGUUGAAAGAGAAAAUGAAGCUCCCAACAAGAGAUUUAGAUCACAAACUUUAG